CACAAACUAAACACUGCAGAAUUAAGCAGAACGAUCAUGGUCUUCUGCAAGCCUAAAUCAGCUCGUUUCUUCGUUUCCAUCGGCGCCUUAGCCUGGCUCCAUGUCUGCCUAGCUCAAGACGCCCCAGCAGAUUAUCUCAACGCCCACAACGCAGCUCGUGCCGAUGUGGGCGUUGGGCCUUUGACAUGGGAUGACAACGUAGCGGCCUAUGCCCAAGCUUAUGCCAAUGAGAGGGCUGGUGACUGUGCCAUGGUGCACUCCGGCGGACCCUACGGAGAGAACCUUGCCACGGGGACGCCUUCCUUGUCGGGGACUGCUGCAGUGGAGGGUUGGGUGGGUGAAAAACAGUACUACGAUUACAGCUCCAACUCAUGCGUGGGGGGUGAGUGCCUCCACUACACGCAGGUGGUUUGGAGUGACUCUGUGCGUCUUGGGUGUGCCAAAGUUCAUUGCAACAGCGGAUGGGACUUCGUCAUCUGCAGCUAUGACCCUCCAGGCAACUAUGUAGGGCAACGUCCUUACUAGAGUUCUUCCAACUUGAAACUUGAAAUGGCCUACUUAAUAUAUAUCACGUAAAUAAGCUGGGUUUCACGUCACCCGGUACACCUAGACCUCUAGUGAUCGAGUCGUUUGGCUUUCAUCAAUAAGCAUUAUUCCAUGCAAACUAGCUAAUGAUGAUGAUAUAUAUAUGUAAAAUUUAUGGAAUAUAUACGUUUCUGGCUUGUUAUCACUUGCUCUUCAA